CGGAUGUGUGCGUACAUCCUCAUGAAUCACAGCUCACAGCCAUAUCGCAGGAGAGCCAGGGUCGCUUCUCUCCGGGGUCGCUGUUCCGUAAUUAAGUCCCCUCUCAGUACGGAAUAAGGAGAUGCGAGCUGAAGCCGUAGCAGCCCCGGAAAGCUCCCGCUUUCGGCCUCCGUGGAAGGAAUAAUAAGACUCUGGGGAAAGAUGGCUCUGGCGGCCGGUGAUCGUCGCGUCCUUUCGAUUGUCAUCGUUGCCGUCAUCGCGUGCACCUAGUCGUGUUGUGCCUGCGUGUUUCCUUCCUCUCUCGUCUUAUCUUCGUCUCUCCAAAUAGGGUCCAUAGAGGAUUCCUUUCUCCCUCAUUCCUUGUAUCGCAUUGAUUUCACUCGUCCCGAAUUUUCUCUCUCUCUGCAAUGCGAUUCUCGGAGAGUAUCAACCCUGAAAUGACGGGACUCAGAGAAAAUCGACCUUCGAAGACCCUCCCGAGGGUGUAAGGGAAAGGGAGAAUCCAAGUUUGGGAGGAUUCGUGAUUUCGCCUGGAGUGGCUCGCAUUCAUUUGUUUUCUUUCCCCUCUGAGCUCAGCAUCGCCGACAGAGACACAGUGGACUAAACCAUGGAUCAGACAAAGAAUAGACCGAGUAGACCACGAUUGAGGUCCCAUGGAAACUCUGCCAGAGUGCUUGUGUUCGACCAGAAUGAAGCAGAGGAAAGUACCAACAAUGCGGAAACAGAAGUGCACAAACGUCCAGCUCCAUCAAAAAUGGAGAGCAAGGAGGCUCCAGUUCGGCCUGUCAGUGGAGAGCUGUCAAAUCUUGUUCGCAUGAGAAAUUCUGCAAUUGGAAAGUCGGCACCUUCUCUAUCAGUUCACAUGCGUGAUUUCAAUAUUCCUCGUCGUGCUGCUAAAGCUGCUCAUCGCAAAUUAAUAUCAACCACAUCGCCUACUUUACCACGUUGCCAUUCACCUUUAUCAGCAUUCGUCCCGAUCGUAGGCAGUCCUCUAGAGAGUCCUAGGAUGUCAUCCAGUCCACAUUUUGCUUUCGCUCCAAUUAAAAGAAUUGGAGGAGGUGCUACGGGAACUGGCGAUGGCAGAAGAUGGUCAGUUGCCAGUUUGCCAUCCAGCGGAUACGGGACAACACCUGGUUCCAGUAAUGUUUCUUCUCAAUAUUCGAGCCAAGAACGCUUGCAUCAACUGCCGAAUGUUCCGACCAAGGACGAGCUGCGUAUGCUGUCUUGCCAUUUUUCCAAGCCCGGGACACCAUGCUCUUCGCAUCCAGGCUUCCCUGGUUCUAGCAUAUCUAGUAUUCCAGGCAGCGCGUCUCUCAGCCUCGAAGAAGAGGGCUGUCGUUCGCCAUUACAUCGUCCACGUUCUCGGAGUCUAAGUAGUCCAAGUCGAUCACCAGUUCUUGAUAGUGAAAUCGUUAUGAUGAAUACCUUGUAUAAGGAAAGAUUUCCAAAGGCAACACAACAAAUGGAAGAACGAUUAACUAAUUUUAUCAAUGAGAAUAAGGAGAUAGACGAAUACGAAGUUGUGGCUCAUAUGACUCAAGAUUCAUUACCAAUUUUACGUUUCGUGCAUCAUCAGGUAAUCGAAAUGGCCAGAGACUGCUUACAAAAAUCUCAGGAAAAAUUAAUUACAACGAGAUACUUUUACGAGAUGAGCGAAAAUCUGGAACAUCUUUUAAUGGAGACAAAAGAUAAAUCUUUAGAGGCUGCAACGAGAUUAACAGGAUUAAUAAAGAAACUUUUAUUAGUUAUAUCGCGUCCAGCACGUCUGUUAGAGUGUUUAGAAUUCGAUCCCGAGGAAUUCUAUCAUCUACUUGAACAAGCGGAGGGUCAAGCUAAAGUCAAUGCAGGAAUAAAAACUGAUAUUCCUCAAUAUAUCAUUACUAAACUAUCUUUAAAUAGAGAUCCGAUAUCCGAAUUGCAGGAAGAUUUGAAUAAAUUGGAGGAUUCUGCGAGUUCCAGCGACAGCAAUCUGCAAGUAACAUCGAGUCCAAAUAAAAGUGACGAUAAGUGUCAGCGCAUUCCAUGUGAAAGUGACUACGAAGUAUUGAAGCUUAUCAGUAACGGUGCUUACGGUGCAGUGUAUUUGGUCAAAGAGAAGACUACUCGACAGAGAUUUGCGAUGAAAAAAAUUAAUAAGAACAAUUUGAUGUUGCGAAACCAAGUAGAACAAGUGUUUGCCGAACGAGACAUAAUGAGCUUUACAGAUAAUCCAUUUGUAGUCUCUAUGUACUGUAGUUUUGAAACUAAGAAACAUUUAUGCUUAGUAAUGGAAUAUGUAGAGGGAGGAGAUUGCGCGAAUCUUCUAAAAAAUAUAGGUCCACUGCCACCAGAUAUGGCAAGAUUUUAUUUCGCGGAGACCGUCUUAGCUGUCGAAUAUUUACACAGCUAUGGAAUCGUACAUCGGGAUUUAAAGCCUGAUAAUUUGCUUAUCACUGCCCUAGGACACAUCAAGCUUACUGACUUCGGCCUCAGUAAAAUGGGUCUAAUGUCCUUGGCAACAAAUCUUUAUGAGGGCUAUAUUGAUCGGGACACGCGACAGUUUUCGGACAAGCAAGUGUUUGGUACCCCAGAGUACAUCGCCCCGGAAGUUAUACUGCGCCAGGGUUAUGGUAAACCAGUCGACUGGUGGUCCAUGGGUAUUAUAUUGUAUGAAUUUCUGAUCGGCUGCGUCCCGUUUUUCGGCGAGACUCCUGAGGAAUUAUUCGCUCACACAGUGAACGAUGAUAUUGAAUGGCCGGACGAGGAUGACUGGCCUGUUCAGCCCGAGGGAAAGGACAUCAUCACGGCGCUUCUACAUCAGAAUCCUAGAGAUCGAUUGGGGACUGGCGGAUCACACGAGGUCAAAGAACAUCCAUAUUUUUAUGGAGUAAACUGGAAUAGCUUGCUUAGACAGAAGGCCGAAUUUGUGCCGCAAUUAAUUAAUGAUGAGGAUACAAGCUACUUUGACACUCGUAUGGAUAGAUACAAUCACGAUCUGGGCGAUGACACGGACGACACCGACGAUUCUCCUUUAUUCGGCUCGUUCUCUUCUUACUCGCCUCAGUCGCGGAAAAUAUCGCAGACGCGUCCGCCCCAGUUAAAUCCGGACGUAGACUCAGACGUUUCUAAGAAACAACUGUUCCGCGCCGAGCUCGAGGGCACGUUCGCACAAUUGUCCUUCGGAUCGGGCGCAACGUCCGCCGCACUUCCGUUGUCCAAACUGGCCGAGCCUCAAUCGUCCUCGCAAUCGUCGUCCGAGAAGCAUCAUCGGCCACCCCUGCUGUCGGUGAAGAGCAACUCUUACGCCGAGAGUCAGAGAACCGACAGAUCGAACGUAGCAGCUUCGUCGUCCUGCACGACCCCCAGCACCGCGAUCUCGUCGAGCAACGAGUCCCAGCUUACGAUUGUCAAGGGCGCCCCGGAAGGAGCGGCGUCCAUCAACUUGAGCACGCCCGACUCCUCGCAAACCGAGUCCGAGGACAUCAGUCCUCAAAUCCAAAGGAAGCGACACACACACUCACGUGACAAGCUGCCCAGGUUCAGUAUAUCCAUUGAUGAUGAAUACAUGUUGGAUCUUGCAGCGGCAAAUAAAGAUGCAGUAGAGGAGCAGCAUAAUUCCAGUACUGAUUCUUUCGAGUCUCUCAACACCAUAUCCAUGUUACCAUCUGUUCGACAAAAGUCUCGGUCCGUCAUAAAAUCCGCCUCGACGAGUGGACUGUCAUUAGUGAUUCCGACUAGUGACUUUACCUACGACCCAUCGCUAAACGCUCAACCUAUCGAGUCACCCGGUGGAUCAUCGACUGCGUCUUCGAGGGAUACCUCUCCGUGUCGCGAGCUGAGUCCUCUCGUGACCAGCCUAAAGCCGCCUAUUAUCAUUCGUCGAGGCCCGUGUGGCUUCGGUUUUACCGUGCACACUAUCAGGGUAUAUUACGGCGACAGUGACUUCUACACUAUGCAUCAUCUAGUAAUGGAAGUCGAACAAUCCAGCCCGGCGUUCGAAGCUGGCUUGAGACCGGGCGAUCUGAUAACGCACAUAAAUGGCGAGCCGGUGCAGGGCUUGUAUCACACUCAGGUUCUGCAGCUGAUGUUAAGCGGCGGUGAUCACGUAACUCUACGCAGUACACCCCUGGAGAACACGAGUAUCAAAACUGGCGGCAGAAGACGCGAUCUCGCACAUAGUAAACUAGCGCGCCGGACGUUGCACAAACAGCGGAAGCAGAAGCGGGACCACUCGGACAAGAAGCGGAAAACGUCGCUUUUCAAAAGAAUAAGCUCAAAACGCGCGAGCGUAGAGAUGCAGCAGCCGUUAACUAUCAGUUGUCCAUUGUCAGCACCCAUUUUGUCCAGCGACAGCAAACCUCCACUUAUGAUGGCCGCGGGUAUCUGCUCACCCUCGAUGGUGACUCCCAGCCGGUCGUUCCAGUCGUUUACUCGCUCGCAAGAGACAUCGCCGUACUUCGCCACGUGCUCCAAAUCCGUCUGCAGCCCGUCCCCGCCGACGAGUCGCAUCAACUCGGACUCUUAUCACUCGACCGGGAACAGCACCAGUCCCUGCUCCAGCCCGAACUCCUCGUCGUCUCCGGGUUCCAACACGUCCGCCGGCAAUCUGUCGGGCAUCUCGAAUCAAUCGCACUAUCAGCGUCCCAGCACGCUUCAUGGACUCAAGCACAAGCUGCACACGACCCCUAAGAAUAUCCAUUCGCCAAAUCGCAGGAAAUCCGUGGGCCACAUUCCGUUGUCGCCGUUGGCCAGAACGCCGAGUCCAUCACCGAUCCCUGCCAGUCCGACGAGAAGCCCAAGUCCUCUGGCGUUCCCCACGGGUCAUCAACCCGGUAGCUCCAACACUACGCAGUCGUAUAGUCCAGGGGCAUGCUUGUCAACGCCGAAUAGCCAGAAGAAAGGAUAUGGUCGUCCGAAGUCCGCCGAACCCGGCUCGCCGUUGCUCCGACGCGCGCUCAGUCCCGAUCGGCUUCACCCUCGCUCGGCGGAGAACAAGACGUCGAUAUCGCCAUUGGCAAACACGGUAGUGAAAGUAACGCCGCGGGUGACUAUCGCGCAAUCGUCGUCCCACAACAGCGGCGAUGCCGUCUCGGACGAGUCCGGCGAUGGUUUUAAGGAGGCGAACGAGAGCGAGAAGAAGGGAAGCGAAAAGAAGGUGGCGUCAAGCGAGCAGAAGGCGGAUUAUUCCAAGCUGACCCAUGGUAUAUCCAUCAAUCUGGGGAACGUAGGCAUGUCGAAUUCCUGCGGUGGCACCCAAUUACCGCGAAUCGCUGAGGAGAAGGACUCGCCGACCGGCACCAAGAGCGACGACUACCUGACCUUGAAGGAGCUAGGCGGCUCGACGGAGAAGAACGAGAAGCAGUCGAGCUGUGCUAGCAGCAGUCAAUCCGAAAAGGUUCAGAGUAUCAACGAACGUCAGAGCAAAGCUGCCAGUGGCAUCAAAAUGUCCCAACAUAACAAAAAGGAGGAGAAUGUCGGCCAAUCGAGCAUUCCGCAGCAAGCAACCGGUAUUGUCGCGAAUCUGCAGAAGAACUUGGAUCAGAGACACGGAUCGACCAGUGAAAAGUCCACUUCUGGGUCACACAAGUCGUUUGCCGUCGAGCAAAAAGGUAUUGGCAAAGGUGGCGCCGAAGCUCACCAUCAUCAAGACGGUAAAAAAGUACUCAAAAAAUACAAAACCGAGUUCGGCGAGAGUUCGGGUUAUCCAGGUACUCACGAAAGCGGUACAGGAUCGGGAAGGGAGAAGAAGAACAAUUAGUUCCGCAUUUCCUAAAUGAAUUGAAAGGAUGAAGUAUAUGCAGCUGGGAAUUUUUAUUAAUUACCUGUGUGUUAAUCAAAUGAGAGAAAUAAGAGAUAAAUUAUCCUUGCAGGGAUUUAAAUAAAUUGAAUAGCUAUGAGACGCUAAUAAUCACAUGAGAGAUAAGAGACUAAUCAAAAGCGAAGAUAGGAAGAAAUAAGGAAAAUGGAAAAAAGCAAGAUAAAAGAGAAGAAGAAAAAAGAUCACAGAUGUUUUGAAUGAUUCAUAGCUUUAUGGGAUUUCUAUAUUCAAACCUAUAGGCUUCCGUCAAAAAAAUAAAUACCUGAAAGCGAUUAAAAUACUGAAUAUAUAUUUCCGAGAGGUUUUAUUCUCUAUUUCCAUAAAAUAUAUAUGUUUAUCAUACGAAAUAUACUGGAUACAAAAAGAACCUUCAAACAAAUAUGCACAGAUGAAAGAUACGUUAUUUUAAUUGUCCAAACUACUAAAAAAAAACUUAAAAUAAUAUUACUAACUUUAAACUACAAAACUGUGUAAAAGUUGUUCUUUAAUGAUUAGAUGAUUGGAGUGAUUUUAUGCUUCGAGCUACAGUAUUAACACGAUCUCAUUUACAUUUAUAUCUCAAUAAUAUUAGCAC